ACAAAGAUCUAGUAAAAGUAUUAAUACAACUCACGAAAUAACCUAUCGUCACAUGUCAAUUUUUUGACAGAUAUAAAUUUGUUUGUGGUUUUUUUUAUUAUUAUCAUUAUCAUUUAAAUCUAUGUUACUUUUAAAAAUGAAAAACGUUUUAUUUUGGAUUAUAUUUGGAGUAACACAAAUAGAAAUAGCACGAGCCGGUGAGACAUGCACUGACCUUGAUCGAUACAACGAUGAAUAUUUUUAUUGCGAUGAAGGAUGCUGCGGGGACUGGCCGUACGAGUAUUGCUGUGAAGAAGACUUGGCGUGGCUAGGGUGGGCGAUAGCUGGAGGGGUCAUAGGUGGAGUACUCCUAAUAAGUUUCAUUGUAUGUGUCGUCUGCGUUUGUAUCAAACAAAAAGGGAAGACAGGCCGCAUUGUACAGCCCGAAUCAGGAAUGACAGUUUCGCACGUGGCAAUGUAUCCACAAAGUCAAGGCCUUUACCCACAAUACGUCACAACAAGCUUUAUGCAAAACCCUUCAGCCCCGGCUCCGCCACCUGCAUACCAAGCGAUAUACGGACAACAACCACUUCAGCCACUUCCGUCGGGAUUUCAAGGUCAACAGCAAACUGACCAGGAACAUCCGCCUAUUGGUUUAAAAUGAUAAGUUCAAAAUCGUACUUAAAACUUGAAAAAGCGUUUGUUUAAUUCAUUCAUUUUGUUUUAUUACAUGAUUCUGCAAACAAAUUCUUUAAAAAAAAUGUGACAAUCGUUUGCUCAUCGUUUGCAGAUUACGUCCAGUUCAUGGGUUCAUGGGUUAAUAUAUGAUUAUAAUAUACGUAGUGUACAUUUGAUGAAGUUUUUCAAAAUGAGUGUUAUAUUAAAUCUACGAAUAUCUGAGUUUUGCUGUGCUGACGCCAUCCACGUAAUUUGACUUUCACCGCCGUCUGUGUAAUUUGACAUGAAUACAAUAUUGUUUUAACAGUACGUAUUGCAAGGCCAUGCAUACAUUUUGAUGUGACGUCAUUUGCGUAAUAGAAACGUGGCGUAAAGAAGCGCUAAUGUUAGCGUUACACUACUCU